UAUGGUGGUUGGCUGAAACCGGAGGGUGUUUAUACAUUGCGAAUGCAUAUGGGUCAGUAAGCUGGUAUUCGUAUGCAGGAGCGGGCGUUUGCAGUGAACCCUAAGGGCACCGUUGGCCGUAGCACACGGAUAAAGCGAUCGAAGAUCGAAGCCGCCUCUUUCCAGUAUAAAAUUUUCAGCAGUGAGCUGUUGUCGACAGAAGUCGACAGUCAACCUCAGGCGAAAUUUAAACACUUCGUCCUUCGCUAUGCCGUAAUGUGUAUUAGAAGAACACCAAUCAAAAGGACACCAUGAAAAGCCUCCUAUCACUGCUGUGAACAAACACCAUAAGCACCUUCCGGUUUCACAGAUAGUAGUUUUGUGUUUUCCUUUUUUCCCACACCCGCUCUUUUCAUGCCAAAUUUGCUGACAAAACUGUAUGGAUCGUAAGCAAUCGAUUCUUCCAGAAAUCGGUAUCUUUUAAAACGGCUCAUUUGUAAGGAAGAACUUCCCAAUUUGUUCAAUUACACCAUCUAUCAAACAAGUUCUGCCGUUAACCGCCAACAGAAUGUCGUCGAACUGCUGUGGUACGAAAAAGCAGAAGCUGAACGGAACGUAUGCUGCAACCAACGGCUAUUGUUCCACCUGUGGCACAAGUGUAGGUGAUCAGAACCAUAUCUGUCGUGGCACCAGUCAACAAACGAACUACAACGGGGACGUCGCCUAUCAGCAAAACGGCCGUUCACCAUUGCCUUCACAGCCAUCGACGAUCAUUGCAAUGUCCGAUAUGUGCUUCUAUUGUUUCGAGGUACUGUACCGCGAGCUGCACGACCUGGAAGAACCGCGCACGCCAAACUUCAGCAACGAUCCCUAUCCUCUUUUUGUGACCUGGAAAAUCGGAAAGGAUAAGCGUUUACGUGGCUGUAUCGGUACCUUUAGUGCGAUGCGUUUACACUCAGGACUUCGAGAGUAUGCAAUAACAAGUGCUUUAAGAGAUUCCCGCUUCUCGCCAAUCACUCGUGAUGAAAUCCAAAGACUGACCGUCUCGGUGUCGAUCCUGCAGGGCUUCGAGGAGGCCCGCGGGUAUCUCGACUGGACGCUCGGCGUCCACGGUAUCCGCAUCGAGUUCUAUAAUGAGCGAGGCUCCAAGCGUACAGCAACCUACUUGCCUCAAGUUGCUACCGAACAAGGCUGGGACCAAACACAAACGAUAGAUUCACUGUUACGAAAAGGGGGCUACCGUGCACAGAUAACGCCGGAAACUCGUCGCUCGAUUAAGUUAACCCGCUACACAUCCCAGGAGUGUCACAUGUCAUACAGUGAAUAUCGCGAUAUGCUAGAGAAGCAAUCCCACUACCAUAGCCAGCUCGUUAAGUUGCAAUGCUAACGCUGCUCAAUUUUGCAGCUAUCCGCAAGGUAGGGAUGUAAAGACCGCUCAAAAUAAACAAAUCAGGUCGGCUCUAUUGUCUAUUUUACUUGCAUCUUUUUCUAUUUUUUUUUUGUAGUUUAGUUUAUACCAUUUUUGAAGCACUUUGUUUCGAUAAAAAAAAGUUGGACCGCCACGUAUUUUCAUUUUUUAUUCAAAGCUUUAUAUGACAUAAUAUUAUGAAAUUGUCAUCAAGUACUGCAUCAAGUUAUAAAAAAAAACAACAACAUACUACAUCAAGUUGAAAAUAAAUAUUUGAAUUAGGAAAAAAAAAACCGGCAGCCUCCCUGCAAAAACAGUUCAACGCAGCUUCUCUUCAUCGGUUAAAACAAUAUUUGUUAAACUUAGG